CUUAAACGGUUUUCAGUUUCAAAAAGAAAGAAAAGCUUCUCACUUUACCUUUCUGACGUUCUAAUUUCGUUCCUUUUCUCCUUCUCUGUUCCGUUUCUCUUCCAUGGCUUUAAAUUGCAUCAAGUUCUUCUUCCCUUCAUUUUCUCUUUAGGGUUCCGAAAUUGACAGAUUUGAGAGAGAGGCUUUCUGCGAUUCGUUCUUCCUCCAUACAUCCAUUCUUUCCCUUCGUUUUUUUAAGAUUUAAGUUUUAAGGAUACGACGCUCUGAAGAAACCAGGAACGAGAACCCCCGUGCUGGUCUUGGAUGAGGGAACAUUUUUCUCUAUGAGACUAUGAGUACGCGGUUUAUUUUGGGAAUCAAACGCAAUGCCAUCUUCUUCUCCUUGAUGCUACUACUUUCAAUUCUCGAGAAUUAGGACUUUCUGCAUCAAAUUCACAUCUUCCAAAUCCUUGCUCUUCACUGCUUCUUAAUCACCUUUGCAAAAUGUUAUUCCGCUGCAGUAUAUUACACUUCUAUUGGUCUUUUCCUUAUGCAGUAUGAAUAUCAGCAUAAGCCCCAAAUUCAUGCCUCAUUGAGGUUCUUCCUACAACCUAUCCUGAAUGAGAAGGGAUUUCAUGGAUGGAUUUGUAGGAUUGCUAAGGUUUUCACGAGGUGAGAGACCACUGAGUUCCUUACUGAAACAACUUUUUUAUCCACUUCUCAUGUGGCUUCAUGGUGAUCUUGAUAUGAGCAAAAGUUGCAUCAGGAAUGUGUUUGUUGAGGUAUCUACUACACUGUUUUGAUUAGAACUUUUGGUCAUUAUUGUUUCUGGAAGAGAAUAAAAGAUAUCUUAAAAAAAUGUGGGAAUAUUUUGUCCCACGAAGCUGCUCUGUCUGAUGAUGGGAAGAGCAAAAGAUACACCUUUGUUCAAUUUGAAUCAUAGGAAUGCACAAAUGAUGUAGUGGGCUCUCCAGCUUUUGGUUUCUUAUUCUGUUGGUGGAAUAGUUGCCUUUCUCAUUCAUUAAUUACUAUGACAAUCAAUACAUGAAGACAAGUAACAACUUUGAGAGGAUACUAAACUUCUUCUAAAUCCUUUCUUACCUUGGUAGGUUUGUAUUUCUCACAAACUCUGUUUUCAUGUGGACGGAGUAACCACCCAUGCAAUAAUGUUUCCUUUCAUGUGCUUCUAUUUGACUUUUUUGAUAGAUUUAGAAGUCCUUUGUGUAGAAAAUGUGGUAAAAGUAAUCAAGAUCACCCGGUUUUCAUUUUGGAUAUUGUGCCUUAUUAGUUUAUGCAAUUUGGUUGUGCUUCAGCACAGUGGCGGAUCCAGGACCCCGGGGUCAGGGGGUUCAAAAUUUUCAAAUCAGUACAUCGAUAAAAAUAUAAUUAAAAACAACUGUUUUUUUUAUAAGCUAAAUGUAUUGAAUGAGAGUACUAGGGGUACCCAAAAAGACAAAAGUCUGUACAAUGUACAAGAAUAAGAAAACCAAAGUUGAGCACUUAACACAAAGCAUAGAAACGAAAAACAUCAAUAGCCAAAAGGCUCAGAACAGAGCUAAACAACUCCACCAGAAUUAAUAAAAACAUCCCACCACUCCUAGUCUCCUAUUGCAAAAACUCAGCCUCUGCAAUCUCCUUUACUUGGCUACAUGCCUUGAAAAGCAAUUCAGCCUCCAAUUGACAGCAAAACAAUUACCAGACCCUUGUCUCUUGCAAAAACCAUGAAGCUACAGAGUUCAGGCCUACAAACAACUCCUAUUUGUAACUUCAUGACAGCAACAACGAUCUGUACCCAGAAAAACCUCUUCACCAUCAGAAAAAAAAAACAAAACUUAGGGAUACUUCCAACCACAAUCAUAGGCUCUCCGGGCAGACUCUUGGGUUUGUGGGAUCUUUUAUAUGAGUAAGAAAAACAAAAAUUAUACAACUCAAUCAGUUCAAAGUAUUACAAACUCAUUUGACAAAUUUACCAAGUCUACUCAAUUGGACCAUUAUGUCUAUGAGUAUUGAAUGAAAGUAUUGUUAUUUUCAUCACAGCACCUUUUUUCUCUUGGUUCGUACUCUAUUUAUCAAAUCAACACGUGUAAAUGCAUCUAGGAAGGGACUUCAGAAAAUUAUGUUUUGUCAAGGACCUGUGCAAACUCUCUCUCCCUAAACUUGGUCUGGUACCUUACAGCUUACACUCCCAAGCCCAAAUUUUGGUUUCCCAUAGUAGAAUUUCAAAAUUUCUUUGCAAAGAACAUAACCUUAUUAAAACCCCUCUUGCCUCAUAAACUGAGAACAUCUAAAACCUAUGAUUAUAGCAAAAAUACACAAAUAUAUACUACAAAAUACAAAGUGAGAAUCAAGCUAAGGUGAUGGGUAGAAGGGAUUUGAGUAGUCUAAGGCUACGAUUAUGACCAAAUCACCAAACAUGUCAUCAAAAUCAAGCUUGAGAAGAGAAAGGAAAUCAAUUUAGGGUUAGGGAAAUCAGCCAUACCUAGGGUAGAGCCGCAACAGACGGGCGACUGGACUGGUGGACGGUGGUGGCGUGGCGUGGUGGUGGCCGGUGGUGGUGGUGCACCGUGCGAGAGGGAGAGGGCGUGGUGACUGGUGAGCGAGCAUGAAUCGUGAGUGAGAGGGUGAGAGCGUGGCCGGUGGUGGUGGUGCACCGUGCGAGAGGGAGAGGGCGUGGUGACUGGUGAGCGAGCAUGAAUCGUGAGUGAGAGGGUGAGAGCGUGACUGCGUGUCUGUGAGUGUGUGAGAGAGAGAGGAGUAAGUAGGGUCUGGGUGCAAAUAUAAAAUCUCAGGGGGUUCAAAAAAAAAACAUUACAAGGGGGUAAGUAGAAUUUUAUGUUUUUUCGGGGUGACUUGGCUGUGGGUCCGCCCCUGCUUCAGCAUGCCAGGAAAUUGCUUCAUCUUCUUAUCACAAAGAAAUUCUAGAGUUUGCUCAUCACAUGUAUCUCUAUUUAGGAUGUUCACACCACAGGUAUGCGAAUUUUCUUGCAAUGGGUUAUAUAAUUGAUUUAGUGCCCCAUAAAGUGUUAGUUAGGCAUAAUUGCUUUUAACUUGAAAGAUUGUACUGAGAAUCUGAGAUGUUUUUCUAUAAUGAAACAUAGGAGAAUGCAUCAUGUAGCUCCUAUAUGUAUUGCCUUUGAUCUUUUAUUGUUGCUUAUAUAUCCUAAUUUAAGAGUUGUAAUUUGUGUAGCCUUUAGACUUCAGAUAUUUGAUUUAUGGGUUUUGCUUUAGUGGGAGACUAUCUGCCAUGGGUUUUUUUUUAUGGUUUGGCUGCCUUCUGCCAUCAACUGGAUCUUCUUCAGUGCUCUUCCUUCAUCUAUUGAAUGGUAAUUUUUGUUAGUUCUUAUGCUGAGGGAUGUGGGCAGGAGUACACUUCCUAUCUGUAGACUUAGUGAGGUUGGGGAUACAAUUCAUAGAUCAUCCAAUAAACUUACAGUUAAUAGCAACUUUGAAGGAACUGUUUCAGUGUGUCUGAGCUCAUGCUCUGAACUCAAGAUGUCGAUGGCCGACUGGUUUUCGAUGGUCUCUCCCUCGGGGGGGAUCAGGUAUGAGCUUGUGGAUCGUGAUGCCCCCACCGCUUGGGUGAUUGAUGUGGCUGGUCACCGAGCGACGUAUAGGGGAAGGGUCAUGGAGGACCGGACGGAUGAGCGAGGACGUCUGACGAGAGGAGUGCUACGGCGUAUGGAGCUGAGUUUUGACUUGCCGCCCUCAGUUCACUGUGGACCAGGUACUGGUCGAGGACCACCUGCACCACCUCCGACUUCACCUUCGGAUGAUGAGGACCCAGCGGAGAUAGAGCCUGUUGCUGCUGCACCUGUUGCGCCACCUCCUGCUACUGCCAUUGAUCCUACCGACGUGGCGUCGUCCUCUAGGCUUGUGUGGCCGAAGAGGGAGUCUGUUGUCCCGUCUGCCUCACAUCUCUUUUCUUUCUCUUCACCGCACGGCUACCGUGUGGACCCAUUGCUUAGGGUGGUGGAGGAGGAUGUUCUUGCAGGAGAGGUGGAUGUGGAGACCGGCUCGACUAGGACGGUGCGCAGGACAGUUAGGAGGGAGGUUGUGGACUUGGACACUGAGAUGAUUACGGUGGAUUCCGACUCUGACUCCGAGAGCAGUGGGGAGAGCUACUCGCCGAGCAGCGACGAGGAGGAGGAGGAGGAGCUAUGAGCUGAGCUGGGAGGGUAGGUUAGGACUAGCGUCAUUUUUUGUGUAGAGCUCUGAUCGUCUUACUUUUUGGGACAAGGUAGGUUCCGAUGUGUGGCUUUUUGUGUGGUUCUUCUGAGGAGGAUCACAGAGAGUCUGUCGGAGUAUAGGCGUCUUUUGUUCAGGCCAUUUUUGGGUGCCGACUUUCUCUUGGAUGACUGUGUAUUUGAUACUUUUACUUACAGUUCUGGUUUGUAUAUAUUUGCCUGCGGGCACACUACCUUGGAGUCACUGCGAGUGCGCGUGACGGGAGAGUGCAGCUGAGACUGUACAUGUGUAUAUAUUUGUAUAUUGGUUAGUUAGU